UUAGACAGACAUUAUAUUGCUGCGGACAGAGGCAAGGAAGGGGAACAGUACUCCAGAUGACAACGGUACUCGGACCGCAGUAGUCAAAAGUCAAAACACUCGUAACUGCUGGAUGUUUCUCAUCAAGUAAUUGGGUCAAACAUCUCGGGCAGCGGAGUCCGAGGCGUGUUGUUUUCGUCGUUGUUUAGCUAACUAGCCGGCAUGACUUCCUUGACUCAGCGGAGUUCGGGCCUUGUGCAGAGGCGGACUGAAGCCGCCCGCAACGCCGCCGACAAAGACCGUCCGUCCGGGGAGGAGGACGACGAGCCCCGGCGGGGAGACGAGCAGGACGAGGAUGAUACCGGAGACUCCAAAGAAACGCGUCUCACUUUGAUGGAAGAAGUACUGUUGUUAGGACUCAAAGACCGAGAGGGCUAUACCUCGUUUUGGAAUGACUGCAUUUCAUCAGGGUUGCGAGGGUGCAUGCUGAUCGAACUUGCCUUGCGAGGACGCCUUCAGUUGGAGGCCUGUGGCAUGAGGAGGAAAGGUCUUCUGGCCAGGAAGGUGAUUUGUAAGUCAGAUGCUCCAACAGGCGACAUGCUCCUGGAUGAAGCCCUAAAACACAUCAAAGACACUCAACCACCAGAGACUGUGCAGAGUUGGAUAGAACUGCUCAGUGGAGAGACAUGGAACCCCCUGAAGCUUCAUUAUCAACUGCGGAACGUCCGUGAGCGGCUGGCCAAAAACUUGGUGGAAAAAGGUGUCCUCACUACUGAGAAGCAGAACUUUCUGCUUUUUGAUAUGACCACACAUCCUUUGACCAACAACAACAUAAAGCAGCGCCUCAUCAAGAAAGUCCAAGAGGGUGUACUGGACAAGUGGGUGAAUGACCCUCAUCGAAUGGACAAGCGGCUGCUUGCACUCAUCUUCUUAGCCCAUUCCUCCGACGUCCUGGAAAAUGCCUUUGCCCCGCUGCUGGAUGACCAAUAUGACCUGGCCAUGAAGAGAGUGCGGCAGCUGCUUGAACUGGAGCCUGAGGGGGAGUGCAUGAAAACCAAUACCAACGAGUUGUUGUGGGCUGUGGUAGCUGCCUUCACGAAAUGAGUCUAACACGAAAAGGAAAUCAAGUAGUUGCGGCAUUCAAGUGGCAUUGUACGUUAGGGCACUGACUUCGACAUGGUAACUUGACUUUGCAGUCCGUGCCUGGACUUUGGAAUUGGCUGCACUCUUUCUCGUCCCACUCUUUCCCUACUUUUUCUUUUCCUUCCAGAUAGCUGCCCUUGAUCGUUCCUUGAACCCCCCCCUCAUGUGUCAUUUAUGUGUUCACUUUUGCUAAAAAAUAAUAAGUCUCAUGAAACUUUGAAUGAAAUGGUAGGUAAUGAUAUGGGUAAGGCCAGAAUCAAGGUGUUGAUACAUGUCCUUUUUCUUUUGGGUAUAUCUUGGGUCUCUUGGAGGUAUGCAUGGUGCAGGUUACUGUAGGUACCAUCCUGACACAUGUACACAUCCAUGUACAGGGCAGUGAUGCUGUAAAGGAAUGAAAGAAUAGCUGAGGAUCCUGACAAGUCUGUCUUCUUCCAAAUUGAUUGAAGUGUAUGGACAUGAUGUAUGUGGUGUCACAGCUUUCUUUGGCUUUCAUAUCAAGCACUGGGAGACAUCUAAAGUGGUUAUACCCAAAAGGUUGAGUCCACUGAACUAAUAGAACUAGAUUUCAACUAAGUUGAUGCCUGUUAUUCCAUCCCAUACAUACAUACACACAUACAUACACACAUAUAUACAUACAUACAUACACACAUACAUACAUACAUACAUACAUACCUGCUUAUCCAGUGCAGGGGGCAGGGGAAUCCCAGCUCACAUUGGGCAAAAGGUGGGGUACGCGCCAGUAAUGGCGCAUCUUGACAUGGCACUUUGAGAAAAUCCAAAUCUCACAAAGAAAGACACCAGCCUGCCGAAUUUGAACAAGGAUUUUCUUGCUGUGAGGCAAACCACUGAGCCACCACUCUGUCAAACAUUCCAUCCCUUCUGGCCUGACCUAAUGUGUGGAAGACUAUUCAUUUUGUCAACAGGACUAGGUCUAAGUAUGGACAUGCAUGGGAGCUUCAUGAGACAUCAUACAGGCCUUCCCUCCUAGGUGAAUCCUUGGAAUAUGGAGUGCUGACUCUUACUACUUUCGGUUAUGUAGACCUCAGCCCUAUUCAAUGUUUUGGAAACACCUAAGAAAUGAAAAGCCACAGUCUGAUGAGUCAUUAGACAGACUUGUUUAGGGCAUGGUGUACAGAUAGUGUUGGAAUAACACAAAUUGCUAAAUUCUGCAAACACUUACAUAUGUAAAGUAUGAUGGAAGAAAUUAAACAAUUAAUAUACAAAAUAUUAAUGAACCUCUCUGACAGAAAUAAUUGAAAACGAGUCAUAGUGAUUUGUGGCCAGAAAUGUGUUUUUAAAAAAAUCAUAAUGGCAGAUUAGUUCUGGUGGAGGAUCGUAUCUCAUCUAGAUACAAUGUCAACAUGUGUACAGGUCUAAUUAAAGCCAGGGUACAUUCUGAAUGGUAACUGUUGAAAGUAAAGUAUCUUAGUCUGGAUCAAAUGCUAUGAUUUUCCAUUUUUGCAUGUAUCUCCUUGAUUAAAACAUGUCAUUUACUGUUUAUUAGACUGGCAGUGGGGUAAAACAGCUCUUUGUCUGAGUGGCUGUUGAGAAUCAAACUGAAAUAUUUUUGUGGCAGGAACAAGCUCAGGAAAGCAGACCAAAUCAAUGCCAGUUAAUUUUGUAUUAACAGAAUUCAAAUACAUAUAGUUUUCACCUACUGGUGUAAAUAACCCAGACGGUUUAACACAGUAUACAUGCAUUCAUGAAGAUCUUCUCAGUUUAUGAGUUUGUAAACCAAACCUUGGUAGCACACACAAAUGACAGAACACAUUCAAGUCAUUCACUCAACGUUUAGUGAAACAGGUAAAUCUGAAGAUAAAUGUGAAUUCUAUUUCUGUCCCAAGUACAAACAGAGGUCCAGGAGUUGUUUAAAAAAAUAAAUAAAUAAACUGGAUCAGACAAACUGUUACCACAACUCCCUCAAAUGUGGAAAAAAUAAAAAGUGCAGCAAUUUCCAAAAUGGUCUCAUUUACAUUACUACAUUCAUUUCAUGUAUUUUCUGCAUUUAAACAUACAGCAGAAAUGUUUUUAAUGAAAUAUGGAGCUUUUUCCUGGUUGCACAGUGAAUCCACACAGGAUCUCAAAAGUGCUCUCAUAGUGAACCCCAGAGAACACCAUUCUAAUGUCAGCCAAUUGAAUCCUUGAGUCAGCUGGUUGACCAGAUGUGUUGCUGUCUUAGAACAGACAGCUUCAGAGCUGUUGGACGGUGUAUUUUGUUCACCAUAAUUGAGCUAGGCUAGAUGCCCCCCCCCCCCCCCCCCCCCCCCCAGUAUUUGUGCUAAGAUAGGUAAAAGACAUACCACUGUAUUGAAAUUUGUUUUGUUCUGACCUUGAUGGCAAGCAACUACAUUUACUAAACUGUCAGUGAUGCAAUGUGCAGACGGGUUGUAUUCAGCAAAUAUUUGGAAAGAUCUGAUGGAUGAUGUAACAGACCAAAGUCUAAGCAGAAAAAUCAAAAGAUGGGCUCACAUUCCAGAUGUUGAUGUAUAUAGAUGUGCAACUGCUUGAUAGUCAGGCACAAAGGACAUUUUGUUGAAAUUGUUAUCCGCUUUCUCAAAUCUAUUGUUCAGCUCUGUCCUUCAGAACGUUGGACAUUGUGCUGUAAAACAUUCAAAGCCUUUCACCAUCAACCAUAUCUUGCUCUAAAUUUCAUAUUGCCUCAGUUUUAUUAAUUUUAUGUUUUAACACAAACUUGCUACUCAUCCUCGUGGAUCUUGUGAAAGACUUUAUAACAGAUAGCCUCCUUCUAAUAUUGUAUGUAGCAAAUGGCUGGGAGUGAUUAGUCAGUGAUUGUGGGGAAAGAUAAGUGACCAAAAGGUUUAUGCAUCAGAAAAUCACCUCAAAUUGUGGAGUGGAUUUGAGAGAUUAUAUAUGUUACCUAAAUAAAGGGAUCUCUAGUCUGUGUACUUUCUUUGACCCUAGAAAAUAAACCAAGAGCUUUGAAGUGCCUAAGCAUACAACUGA